AGAAAAGUUCAUAGCAUUACAGGACACACAACAGCAAGAUCCUUUUAGCUUUUCAACAUGAGCAGGCCAUACUAUCAAGGGUUCGGAGAUGCCACAUAUCCAGAUGAAAGGAGGAUUGUUCUAGUCGGGAAGACCGGAGUGGGGAAGAGCGCUGCAGGAAACACCAUCCUGGGGAGGGAAGCUUUUGAAUCUGAGCUGUCGCCGGCUUCCUUGACGUCUGAAUGCCAGAAAGCUAAGGGAGUUGUCGAAGGUCGAAAGGUUGCCGUCAUCGACACUCCUGGGCUGUUUGACACUAAUUUCAACCAAGAAGAAGUGUUAAAAAGGAUCAAGAUGUGCAUCUCCCUGUCUGCUCCUGGUCCUCACGCCUUCCUGGUGGUUCUUCAUCUGGGCAGGUUCACCCAGGAGGAGAAGGAAACAGUCAAGAUGAUUCAGACCACUUUUGGUGAAGAUGCAGCUCAUUUCACAAUGGUGUUGUUCACACAUGGAGACCAGCUGAGGAAGCAAACCAUUGAAGGCUAUAUUUCAGAGAGUCCUGACCUACAAGCCCUCAUUCGGAGGUGCAACCAUCGGUAUCAUGUCUUUAACAAUGAAAUCAAAGACCCUGAACAAACCAGUCAGCUCCUGGACAAAAUUGACAAGAUGACGAUGGCUAACGGUGGAGGCUUCUACACCAACGAAAUGUUCAUGAAAGCAGAAUCAGCAAUAGAGAAGGAGAAAGAGCGACUCCUGAAGGAGAUGGAGGAGAAGAAGCAGAGAGAGUUGGAUGAACUGAGAGCCAAAUAUGCAGGACGGGUCUACCGCAGGGAGGAGAAACGGCUGCAUGUAAGAUAUGAGUGUGAAGCCAGAGCCCAAGCUGAAAGAUCAAAUGAAUUUGUCGCUGCUCCAGUAAUAGCUAUAGCAACAGCCUGUGGUGCUGCUGUCGGAGGUGUGCUUGGAAUUGCAGGAGGCCCGAUUGGUGUUGCCAUUGGAGUUGCUGCUGGAGCAGCUUUUGGAGCUGGCAUUGGUGCACUUUCACUGAGAGUUUCAGAUCGUUGCCAUCUGACAUUCUGGAACACCACAACCAAUGCUGGGACGUCAGCACUGGGUGGUGGCUCUCGGAAGGAGAAGAAAAGUGAUGAACUCCGAAUCAUUUUGGUGGGGAAGACAGGAGCAGGAAAGAGUGCAGCAGGAAACACCAUCCUGGGGAGAGAAGCGUUCCAGUCUGAACUGUCUUCUUCUUCCUGGACAAUUCAAUGCAAGAGAGAAGAUGGAGCAGUAGGCGGUCAAAAGGUUGCCGUCAUCGACACUCCAGGACUGUUUGACACUAACUUCAGCGAAGAUGAAGUGCUGAAGAAGAUCCAGAUGUGCAUCUCUCUGUCUGCUCCUGGUCCUCACGCCUUCCUGGUGGUCCUUAAGCUGGGCAGGUUCACCAAGGAGGAGAAGGAAACCAUCCAGAUGAUCCAUAGUACCUUUGGUGAGGAGGCAGCGAAAUACUCACUCGUGCUGUUCACACAUGGAGACUAUCUAAAGAAACAAACUAUUGAAGGCUUUCUUUCAAAGAGUAAAGAGCUCAGAGAGCUCAUAGAGGCAUGCUACGGAAGAUAUCACGUCUUCAACAACCAAGUAAAAGACCAGGCACAGGUCGAUCAGCUCCUGGAGAAAAUUGUCACAAUGACAUUGGAGAACGGUGGAGAGCACUACACCACAAAGAUGUUCAAGAGAGCAAAAAAGGCCUCAAAGAAAGAGAAGAAAAGACUUUCAAAGGAGCUGAAGGCAGCAGAACAGGAGAGGAGUCAAACCCUAAAGGCUGAGGUUGAAAGAGAAAUUAAAUUAGCACAAGGGUCAAUGAAACACAACAAAUGUCUUCUGCAGUAGGAGAUGGAGGUAUUCUGGUUAUUCAGAAGCAGAUGAAUUUGGUGAUCAGACAUAGCUGAACUUUAGGACUGAAGGUCCUUUCAUCUGCUGAUUAAAAGUCACUUUUGCAAACCUACAUACAGUCAGGAAGCUUUGGUCUAACUAUGUCUGCAGGAUUUCUUUGUACUCCAUUUAGUGUAGCUGCAUACACAUUUACAUGCUGAGUCAUGGUGUGUUUAAAGGCGGUUUAGCAGCUGCAGUCAGAUGUCGGGGAGUUUGAUUUUUCACUUUUCCACCAAAUCAGCUCUGGUUCUAGGUUCAGGUCCAUUCAAGAUUCUUGGAGCCUUGGAGUUUUCCAGUUAUCCCACCUGUAUUUCCACCAGUUUUGCGCAGAGCUAUUGUAACCAAAAAUAGGUCAUCAAUGGAGGACAUUGCACAAAGCACACGGGAAGUAAACAGCAGCAAAAUCACGUUACAUUGAUUACAUGCAAACUUUAGUUCUGUUAGUACAGAUAUUUCUUUUUAACCCAAAAAAAACCAAGCAUGGACCAACUAUUAAUAAGAAACUAUUCAAAAUUUGGUGCGUGAACCAGAACGGAACCAGUUCUAUGAUGGUAAGAAAGGGUUUUCACGAAUUCUGUGCAAAACACUAAAUCACAUGCCGAGUCCUCAGAGUACAGCCAACUAAUAUUACCAUAGCACCAGCUCAAAUGUUACAUUUGAACAAUAUUUCCCUGGAGAGCGGCAAUGCAGCAUGAAUGCUAAUGAACUCAUUGCCAAACACAUAAUUGAUUAAACAAACCCGUGGUAGAAACAGAGGGAGAAAAUGAAAACUAAUGCGAUAAAGUACAGUCACAAUGAUCCUUUUGUGUACAGCCCAGUUCAGACCAAAGAUUUGCAACAAAACAAGUUAAAACAGGCACAAAACCAGCCGCCCAUGAUUUGGCCAUGUAAGUUGCAGGUCACACCAUCAGCCGGCUUGAGUUGUGCUUACACCGGCCAGUUCACACCGCUGAAACUUUUCUCUGCAAUAUUAUUAAACGAUUUUGUCUUGUCACCAAUCAUUGGUCUGAACUGGGUUUAAGAAUGCAGGUUCACUGUGAAGUCAACAUUACUGUACUGCAUUAUUUAUAAAUUGCAUUUAAAUUCAUGUUGCUAUUUCUAUAAUUUUGAGGAAAUUACCAUUCUGUAGAGAAUUAGUUAGUUUACAUUAUUAUUUUACCAUUUUAUUUAGAUUUGCAAUAAUUAUCCAAAUUUAGUGAUGAACAUACACUCAGAACAUUUACAUGCACAGUUAAGUCGAGCUAUGUUUAUAGCUCGACAAGGCUGUUUAAUUGGACUACUGUCCUUGUCCCACUAUACAAGCACAAGUGUGUCUGAGUUCACUAUGAUAGGUGGGGAAAAUCAAAAUGAAAGAGGCUGCUGCGUGCUGUAAAACAGCAGCCUGAACAAUACUGAAGUUCUUAACUAUAUGAUUGAUUUAACUUCUCAUACGGUAUGGUUCUCAAAAGGAACAUAUCGGAGGAUAUCGACGACCUAAAAAAGUCGCUCGAUUUCCUCACGGAAGAAGUUUCUGCUGUCCACAAACAACAACUUCAUAAAUAGAGCCAACAAAAAGGCUCUAUUUAGCCAACUGCAUGACCGCUGCUAUUGAUGUAUGUAUGUGAAUUUUGAAAUUUCAAAAUCCCAACUUUCAGCAUGAAAAUGCGUUACUUGACCCUGUAAUGCAUUUUUAUCCCAGCAGCAAUAACAAAUGGCUAAAUGACAGGUGGACAUUUCUGUUCACUUGAAGGGUCAUGGAUGGGAUAAAAAUGCAUUACAGGUUCAAAUAAUGGUUUUUCAUCCCAAACAGCUACAAUUAUAGAUAAUGUAUUUACUAAUAACUUGGAAGAAAAUAUGACUGGUGGAUUACUAAUAAAUGAUAUAAGUGACCAUCUGCCAGUGUUUGUUAUUUAUGACUGUGAAUUUAAAAUGAUUAAGAAGGAAAAUGUAACAAGACAGAGGAGAGUAAGAACGAAGGAUAUCCUUGAGGCAUUGAGGUCUGAAUUGCUGAGACAGGACUGGAGAAAUGUAUAUGAAGUAGUGGAUGCUGACUCUGCUUAUGACUCUUUUUUAGGAUACUUUCAUGUCCAUGUAUGAUAGAAGCUGUCCAAUGCAACAAAGCAGCUAUACAAGAACAUCUUGUACAAGGAAUUUAUAAAACACAGAACUAGAGAUAAAGAAACUAACUAUAAAAGAUAUAAAAAUAAACUGACUGAUAUUCUUAGAAAAUGUAAGAAGGAUUAUUAUAACAAAGUGCUAGAAAACUAUCAGGGGCACAUGGAAUAUAUUAAAAAUUCAAUUAUGAGAAAUAAAAAAACUAGCUCCAACUUCUCAGAUCAUUUUAUAGAUAAUGGUAAAACAAUCACUGAUAAAAAAGGAUUUGGUGGAUGACUUCAACAACUUCUUUGUGAAUGUGGGGCCCCAACUGGCAAAGGAAAUGAAUCCUCCACAAGGGGGAGGUGUUGAAAAACUCCAUGGAGCGAGGAAUCCAGCCACCAUCUUUUUGAGAGAGACAAAUAGAGACAAAAUGAUUGAUGUUGUCAAUAAGUUUAAGAACAAAACAUCCUUGGAUUGGAAUGGUCUCGAUAUGACUCUAACAAAGCAAGUAACUGACACUAUUGUAGACCCCUUAACAUACAUCUGACAGCUUCAUUGAAAAAUAUGAGUUGCUUACAGACAGUCAGUAUGGUUUUAGAACCAACAGAUCAACUGCCAUGGCUUUAAUGAAUUUAGUGGAAGAGUAAACAAGUACAACUGACAGUAAGAAAUAUGCAAUGGGUGUUUUUAUUGAUUUGAAGAAAGCGUUCGACACAAUAAAUCAUGAUAUUCUAAUACAAAAACUUGAAAGACAUGGGAUCAGAGGGGUGGGGUUAAAUUGGUUAAAAAGUUACACUGAAAACAGAAAGCAGUUUGUGCAGGUGGGUGUUACAAAAUCUUCUCUUUUAGAUAUUACUUGCGGUGCACCACAAGAGUCGAUUUUAGGACCAAAAUUGUUUAUACUGUAUAUUAAUGACAUAUGUAACGUUUCAAAAAUAUGAAAUAUUUUUGCUGAUGACACAAAUAUUUUCUGUAUAGGUGAGAACCUUCAGCAGUUAGAAGAGGCUGUCACAGCAGAAUUGGGGAAGCUGAAGUUGUGGUUUGAUGCAAAUAAGUUAUCAUUAAACAUAAAAAAAAAACAAAUUUAUGGUGUUUGGCAAAAGCAAUAAACAUCUGAAUACUCCCGUUGAAUUAAUGAUUGAUAGUGUUAAAUUGGAAAAAGUUAAUGAGAACACAUUUUUAGGAGUGAUAAUCGACCAAAAUUUUACCUGGAAACCACAUGUUAAGUAUAUCAGGUCCAAGUUAGCGCGCACUGUGGGGAUAUUAUGCAAAACAAGGUACAUUCUGAACAACAAAUCAUUGCAAACACUGUACUGUACACUCUUUUUACCAUAUCUGACUUAUUGUGUUGAAGAAUAGGGGAACACCUACAGAAGCAACCUACAGACAAUAUGCAACAUGCAAAAGAGAGCAAUAAGAAUAGUGAAUAAUGUAGGAUACCAUGAACACACAAAUGCACUGUUUUUAAAAUCACAGACAUUGAAAUUUUGGGAUUUGGUAGAAUUCAAAACUGCACAAAUUUUGUAUAAAGCAUGAUAUAAUUUACUUCCUGGUAAUAUCCAAAAAUGUUAAGUGAUAGAAAAGGGGGAUAUGAGCUAAGAGGGAGAUGGAAUUUCAAACAACCGAUGGUUCAUACUACUCUGAAAAGCAUGUGCGUAUCUGUCUGUGGGGUGAAGCUGUGGAAUAAGUUGCCUGACGAGAUCAAAGAAAGUAAAAAUCUGGUGCAAUUCAAAAGGAAGUUUAAAAACAUUAUUCUGAAGAAGUAUAGACAUGAUGGUAGGUAAUCAUGACUUAUGGGACAAAUGAAUUGAAUUUCUAGUAUUAUGUUUGGUAUUAGCUGUGUAUGUGUAUGUAUAGGUGGAUGUGACUCAGCCAAUAUGACGAGCGCAAAUUAAUACACCAGAGCUGGAAGACCCACCUGCUGGUUCCCCGUGUACCAGUCAGCUACAACAGUACUGGAGAGAGAGUUAUGCAAGAACAGGACAGUCGGCAUUGCUCUGCAGUUGUAGGGGAUGUGAAUGUAAACACAUCCAACAACAUCAGCCAGAUGUGUUGAUCAGCGGUACGAGGAAAAAACAAACCUGAGUUGCGAAAGCAGAAUGCUCUAUGUUGUAGACAUUGCAUGUGUAUAAAUGGAAACACACUGAACAUGAUAAAGGUCAAGCGUACACUCAGGGGCGUUUCUAGGAUGUGAAGACAAUGAGGCUGAGCCCAGACCUCUGUUGGGGGUCCAGGGGAUCUAUUUAAAUGUUGUUGUUUUUUAUGCACUCUGUCACCUAUACUCUUAACUACAAAAAAACAAUCCUAAUGUGAUCCGUUUAUUGUCAUUGUGAAUUAGAAAUCAAUCCACAGGCCACCAGCCACCCAAGGCCGUAAAUUGAAUAUCACUGCCAAAAAACCAUGGCAACAGCAAGCCUUUAACCUUCAGAUAACAUAAUGCCAGAAAUCACAUCUACAAAAAAAGAUAUCCUCGAUUAUUUGUGGGUCCAAACAACAAUAAUAAAUCAGGAAAUUAUGAGGAAUGAUAAAUAUAUCUAACAUGAAUUCUUGUUUUUUCUUUUCUCUCUCUGUAGAAAGUUUGUGGCUGCCAAUUAUUCCUGCCAGAAGCUUAGUUAGUCAACUAUUUUUAUACAUAAGGGGGAAUAUAUGUAUUUUUAAAAUUAACAUUCAUUUUCAAGAAUCACAUCAACCUCUGCCAGACUUUCUGUGGGUUGCUGUGAGCCAGUCUAUGUUGUGACCAUAUUUUCAUGAGGUGUAAUAAGGAAGGCAGUCACCAGGUGUCACUGCUGUAAACCUAAACAAAGUUGGAGCAGAAGAACAAAUGAACUCAGCUUCUUUUUAUCUGGAAAUGAUCAUCACCUCACAUAUCAUUCUCCUGUCAAAAAUGAAACAACACAGAAAAGCAAUUACAGCUGUUCAGAACAUUUAUUUGUAGUUGCCCCUGUUGUCCAAUCUACUCUGUUAACUGAUUGCUUUGAUGAAGUUUUCUGUUUUAACCAGAAUAAAUACACAGCUGAACUGUUGGUUGUAUCUGGAAUCUUGGGAUAAGGAGCAUUAUUGUUGUUCCUCCAAUUCAGCACAUGAACUGACUUGUCUCUGUAAUCAAUAAGCUUCACUUGAGUGGCAUAUUUGCAAGAUUAUAAAUAAAUGAUACUUCUUGAAA